AUCAUCCAGAACAGAUCUUUCCCUGACUACUGGGUCUAUCAGCCAUGUGAGACAUGUCACACGUUCCUAAUCCUCUCAUUCUUCACAGGAACCAACUUCCUCACUAGUGAGCCAACACACAUACACACACACGCACACACACACACACACACACACACACACACGCACACAGCAACAUCAACAUGGAAAAUUCUAUUAGAAAAUAGAAAAUAUUUAGCAUCAGAAUAAGUCUGUGGGAUGACUGUAUUUUAUGCUGAAUGGUUACAUUGACUAAAACCCUAUCCUAACGCAGUAAUUUUUUUUUUUCAUAGUGCUGACACAGUGUCAGCCAUUAAUGUUCAGGAAACACUUAUACCACUAUACUAGACUGAUAUGGGGAUUGUGGUUCUGAUGCCUAAUAAUUAAAAGUGUCUAGAGAAAGAAUAAAACAUUACUCAUGGAAAGAAAGUUUUAGAAUUUCUCAUUUGUUACUUUUGUGGUCACCCAACUUGACCUGACCAACGAUCUCAGAUUUCCAUGCUGGGAAAGAAACUUUUAAGUAACUCACUGAGUACAUAUACACAGAUCUACUGUAGAGUUAUUUUUCAGGACAUCACUCAGUCAUUAAGGUUUAAGAUGGAUGCCAUAGCAAAAAGAGCCAAACUAAACUUCCGAAGUGAUCAAAUAAAAAGUGCUUUUUUAAUUAGGUGAACUGGCUCAGAGUCCAUCUGAAUAAAAAUUUGUGUGACAAUAUUAGUCCAUACAACUGGCUGUCAGUAGUCUCUGACCACCCCUGUUGGUGUAAUCAGUAGUUGGUUGUUUGAGCUGUAGGCACAGUGCAUGUGAGUAAGUGUCAGAUGGAAACACUCCUGUGCUGCUGAUGCCACUCGCAGCUGCAGAUCUACCGGAGUUAGAGCUCCUCAAAGGUGCUGUUUCAAAGUGCAGUUUCAGGAUUACUGAGCUCUCUGUGUUGGAAAUGGCAACAAGAUUCAACGUGUUUCUCGGACUGUUCACAGCCAUUCAGAUGAGGUUUACCAUUGAGGAGCUGUCAAGAAGUGCAGUAACCUGUGCAGAACUUGAGGGCUUUCAUGAAAUGCACAGUGCAGCAACAGGUCUGAAAAUCCAAAAAGAGAAAGAGAAGAGUGGGCUGCCCUCCUCUACACAGCCCAGUCAUGCUUGGGCCAGUCAUAUUCAGGAACACGGGCAUUACCAGGAACAUGGCAGGUCUGGAACUGAACGCAACCCUGAAGUUUUAACUAAUAAGAACCAUACAAACAGCUCUCACGUCCAGCAAGACGUAGAUCAUAUCUACUACAUUUCCAAAAUCUACCAGCCCACAGAUGCUGCAGGCAAGGACUUAUGGGUAAAUUUUAAACAGAUGGAUAAAGGAAAGGUUCAUGGAGUCCUUUCCAACACCCACAGACAAGCUUUGACAGUGAACUUGUCCUUUGAGUUUCCUUAUUAUGGACAUUUACUGAGAGAGAUAACAGUGACUACUGGUGGUUUUCUCUACACAGGAGACGUGAUCCAUAAGAUGCUAACAGCCACGCAGUACAUAGCUCCACUUAUGGCUAACUUUGACCCAAGUAUUUCCCAAAAUUCCACCAUCAUUUACUCUGAUAAUGGCACAGCUCUUAUUGUUCAGUGGGACCAUGUUUACCUCCAGGAUGACCCAGAUUUGGGCAGUUUCACUUUCCAGGCUUCGUUGCACAGUGAUGGCAGGAUCACCUUUGCUUACAAAGAGAUUCCUGUUGAUAUCAGUAAGAUUAGAUCAGAGAAUCACCCAGUGAAAGUUGGCCUUUCUGAUGCAUUUGUGGUGUUUCAUAAGAUUCAGCAGAUUCCAGACACAGAUAUCCGAAGGAGAACAAUAUAUGAGUACCAUCGUGUUGAGCUGUUGAAAUCCAAAAUUACCAACUCCACUGUCAUUGAGUUGCUGCCUCUUCCAACCUGCCUGCAGUUCUCCAGCUGUGACAGCUGUGUUACAGCUCACAUCAGAUUCAACUGUAGCUGGUGCAGCCGCCUACGAAGAUGUUCCAGUGGCUUUGACCGAAAUCGUCAGGAUUGGGUUGACAGCGGUUGUUUGGAUGAGAACCAGAGCUGCAGUGAAACAAUCAAACCACAUGCUGUAAGCACUGGGUCUACAAUCAAUAACACCGCAGCAUCCACAGCCACAGCCCAGCCCAGCAGAUAUAGCAGUGUCAUCAGCACUGUAUCAUCCACAAAUACUCAUCCCACCACCAUCUCUGCUGAGCAAGACACAAAGAUUGCACUUCCUUUGACUGAAGAUAGAUCCUCUGAGGCAGAGAGGACAGGCGAGCAAAGUGAAAGGCUGCAGACUGCUCUGCUUGUUAGCAUCCUCCUCAUCGUGCUGCUGAUGGUGGCUGCAGUACUGGCUACAGUCUACAUGUAUCACCAUCCCACCUCCAGUGCCAGCCUCUUCUUCAUCGAGAGACGGCCAACACACUGGCCUGUGAUGAAAUUUCGGCGAGGUUCCGGCCACCCAGCCUAUGCUGAUGUGGAGGCUAUGGGACGAGACCAAGAAGGCUUCAUUUUAAUAGAGCCUAAGGAUAGCUUCAUCAUUGCAGACCGACGAGAGAGCUCAAUUACAACAGACCAAAGAGACGGCUUCAUUGUGCCUGACCAAAAAGAAAGAUUCCUUGCUGUGGGACAUCGCUGACAUGCAUUGAGCCCACUCUGGAAAAGAGACUGGAAAAGAAACAUACCUCAGAACAGUUACUACAUCUCCUGUCAAAUGUUUUUUUUUUAUUGUUCUAACAAAUGUGGACACAAAUUUAUAUUGAUAGAAUAGUGAAAAUAUUGAUUUGAUAUUUUGAAAAUGAAACCAAUGUUUGUUGAGUGUCAAAAAAUUUUAUUUGCACUACAUAGAUUUUUUUUUAUUAAU